UCCGGACUUCCUGUUCAGAGCUCGGCUGCUGAGUGGUAGAGAGAAGUGAUACUCGGAAGAUAGUAAAACUGCCCAAUGAAACCGGAGUAAAAAUUCACUCAAAAUGAGCUGGAUACCCUUCAAGAUUGGACAACCAAAAAAACAGAUCGUCUCUAAAACUGUUGAAAGAGACUUUGAACGAGAAUAUGACAAACUCCAAAAGCUGGAGGAUCAGACGAAGAAGCUUCACAAAGACAUGAAGAAAAGCACAGAGGCUGAUUUAGCCAUGUCUAAGGCAGCAGUGAAGAUCUCUGCAGACCUGCUGAGUAACCCACUGUGUGAGCAGGACCAGACCUUCCUGGAGUCUAUGACUGCUUUAGACACAGCCAUGAGAAGGAUGGACUCCUUCAACCAGGAAAAGGUCAACCAGAUUCAGAAGACUGUUAUCGACCCUCUGAAAAAGUACAGUAGCGUCUUCCCCAGCCUUAACAUGGCAGUGAAACGCAGGGAACAGAUGCUGCAGGACUACAAACGGUUGCAAGCCAAAGUGGAGAAGUAUGAAGAGAAAGAAAAAACGGGCCCCAUUAUGGUCAAACUGCAUCAGGCAAAAGAAGAACUCCGACCGGUCAAAGACGACUUUGAGGCCAAGAACAAGCAGCUCCUGGACGAGAUGCCCAAGUUCUACCAAAGCCGCAUUGACUACUUCCAGCCCAGCUUUGAGGCUCUCAUCCGGGCACAGGUGGUCUAUUUCACUGAAAUGUACAAGAUCUUCAGUGAGUUAACAGACCAGAUCGACCAGGCAGCGUUGACUGACGAGCAGAGGGAGAAGGAUACGGAGGCCAAGCUCAGCGAGUUGCGUGCUCUGUCCAUUGUCGCUGACGACUGAGUAAGGAAAGACGAAAGCGGGCUCUUUUCAAGCCUCUCUGAAUGGAUUGCACUCUUUUCAAGCUCCUCCAGAGUUCAAAUGGACAGCAAUGGCCUUAACCUGAUUAUCCAUUUGUUUCCCUGCGGCCUCAUCAUCCCCCCUAUUGCUCUUGCACUACACACUAAUCUUUCAUCUCUGCAACUCAAAGCAGCUGAAUGCCACAUUAACUAAGCCAUCAGCCAAGUGCAACAUUAUAAGCCAAUAUGUUGUCGUUUAUUUAUUUAUUUUUUUUUUUAGUGAAGGAAUCAAACGGAUCUCGUCAGAACUAAUUAACGAGGUUACACUUCAUGGUUUCAAAGGUAUCUAUAACAAUUUGUUUCUAAUGUAUAAAGUGAGCAAGGAAAUGUUUCUAUUAGUCACAUCUGCUUUGUUAGCAGCAGUGUGUGAAAAUAGUUUUAUUACCCAACUUUGAAAUUACACUGAAAAAAAAUGUUAUGUAAUGUACUGUAGGUUAGCAGCAAAAACACAAUAAAAAUCUCUGUUUUGGCUUUUUCUGGUAAUCUGUGAGUUUAGCUCUGUGCCAUAGCGUGUGAGGGCUAUUGGGGUUUCUGAGAAGCUAUUUGUAGCAUCACCUGUGCAUAAUGUGCCUGACUUUGGAUGUAAUGUGAAAACUAUAGAGUGAGACCAUUCCCGUGUAGCGGCGUUGGAAGGUUGGCCACUCAGGCUUCAGAGAUAUCCAGUUGCUUACCCACAAAAAAAAAAAAAAAAAAAAAAAAA